CAGAGACGUGCCGAGGGAUUCUCCUAUCCUAAAGACAGUAGUACGUAUGCUGUGCAAUAAAUAUACUUCGUUUGUGUUGUUUCCGGCAGUCAAUUCGCGGGGUAGCACAUGCCAACAAAUUAGUCGAGUUGUUUUUUCAGGGUAUCAGGAGUGGGGAUCAACAGCCUUGAUUCAAUGGAAAUGCAAGCUGAACUUUCUCCCUAUUUUCGCACGUACAACGGACGGAAUUGUUCGUGCAAGCUACCGUUCCUGUAUUUUUCCCGUCACAUUUGUUUAUUUUCCCCAACAUGUGAGCAGAACAGAGCAGUUGUACCUUAAUCCGUGGCCGACUAGGACUCAUCUUCUUCAGCAGUUUGGAUGUCAAAUCUUUUUUUAAAAAGAGGGUCCACACGGCGGGAGGGUGGGGCUACGGAAAAGUUGGGGUAGGCGGACAGAAAAAAUAAGCUGGGCAGAAAAAAGUUUGGCGGGACGAUUUUAUUGUAUGGGAGCUCUUAUUAGAGACGAAGGCACAAUUAGGUAGAGACUCUUCAACCUGCCAGGAGAGGAAUCACUACCGCCACCUUCCGCCUCGAGGUUCUACCCAAGUUGUCAGAGUAACAGAGUACCUAGGUCAGACUCAAGGUUUUAAAAGACCUCCGAAAAAAUCUCCUCACAAUGGCGACCGUCGCCCCGCCGCCCUCCAAGCGGCAACGCCGCGAGCAGGCCGCCAGAGCCACGACCCAGCAGGACGUGACGGCGGUCCUCGCUCCUCCGACCGGCUCCUUCCGGGCCCGCUUUGUCUCAGGCUCCGAUGGUUCGCCACUUGCGGACGCCGUCGAAAUCCCCCUCGCCGAUGCCUCAGAGAAGAACGUGUCGCUGUUGCUCAACACCCUCCUGGGCCGCGAUGCAGACGAGUCCGUCCCCUACCGCUUCCGCAUUCUGCUACCCCCCGGCAAGGGCAACAAGGAGGAAAUAGUCAUCGACAGCUACCCGUCGGACCUCGGGGCGCUGCUGCGCCAGCACGGCAUCGAGGACGCCUUCGAGACGACGCUGACCCUCGCAGCCGAGCCGCAGGCCGUUUUCAAGGUGCAAGCUGUCAGCCGGCUGGCGCACCGCAUCCCGGGCCACGGUGAGCCCAUCCUCUGCGCGCAAUUCAGCCCGGCGUCGUCGGCGCGGCUCGCUACGGGCUCCGGCGACAACACGGCGCGGAUAUGGGACGCAGAGACGGGAACCCCCAAGCACACGCUCAAGGGCCACGCCGGCUGGGUUCUGGGCGUCAGCUGGUCGCCCGACGGGACGCGACUGGCCACAUGCAGCAUGGACAAGACGGUGCGCAUCUGGGACCCGGAGACGGGCAAGCAGGUCGGCAGCGAGCUCAAAGGUCACGCAAAGUGGGUGCAGGGCAUCGCGUGGGAGCCGCUGCACCUGUGGCGCGACGGGACCCCGAGGCUGGUGUCGGCGAGCAAGGACUUUACGGCCAGGAUAUGGACCGUCAACACGGGGCGGACCGAGCACGUUCUGAGCGGACACAAGGGCAGCGUCAGCUGCGUGCGUUGGGGCGCAGGCAACGGCACCGGCGUCGUGUACACGGCGUCGCACGACAAGACGGUCAAGGUCUGGGACGCCGUCAAGGGUACCCUCCUGCACGACCUCAAGUCUCACGCCCACUGGGUGAACCACCUUGCGCUCUCGACCGACUUUGUCUGCCGGACCGGUUUCUUUGACCACACCAAGACGGUGCCUGCCACGGCGGAGGAGAAGACGGCCAAGGCCAAGGAGAGAUACGAAAAGGCGGCCAGGGUUGGCGGCAAGAUUGUCGAGCGGCUGGUCAGCGCCAGUGACGACUUUACCAUGUAUCUGUUUGACCCGCUGAACGACGGGACGAAACCCAUCGCCAGAAUGAUAGGGCACCAGAAGCAGGUCAACCACGUUACAUUUUCGCCUGACGGGUCGAUGAUUGCCAGUGCGGGUUGGGAUAACGCCACCAAGCUGUGGAAUGCCCGAGAUGGAAAGUUCAUCAACACGCUUCGGGGCCACGUGGCGCCCGUAUACCAGUGCUCGUUCUCGGCCGAUUCAAGGCUGCUCGUUACUGCGUCCAAGGACACAACCCUCAAGGUGUGGAACGUGAGGACAGGCAAGCUUGCAACGGAUCUGCCGGGCCAUGAGGACGAGGUCUACGGUGUUGACUGGAGCCCGGACGGCCAGCGUGUCGGAUCCGGUGGCAGAGACAAAGCUGUUCGACUUUGGAGAAAUUAAGGGCUGAAAUGACAAUGACAGUACAUAUGCUAGAUACCCUGACGAACAUGACAUGAUAGAAAAAAUAAUAGAGGAACACGAAGAUUGAAUAAACUUGCAAAUGAACUGGGUAUAGAACGGAAAUUCAGGAAAGGCUCUCGUAUGCGCCGUAUGAGUUGAGAACAAGCCAGAGUCUAUUACAAUAUAAUUGAGAACAGGAAGUAAGAAGCAAACGCAGUG